GCAGAACUGUUCCACAAAGUUAAAAUGCGUAGAGGAAGUGACUCUAGCACGUUACAUUUAUAGGGGAAUCUGACAGUAUCUGUUUUGAUGCCAGCAGAUCAAUAACAUAUCACGAUGAAAUUGAUAUUUAGUUCUGCACUAUUAGUGGAAAUUGACAGGAAAUCAUAAGAUUGUACAGACCCAUAAAACAAGGCGCUACUAAGGUUUGUUUUUGUUUUUUUUUCUUCAACCAGAUAUCUGUUGACUCUGUUGAUUCAAAAUGAGAGCAUGUUCUGACUAAUUUGUGUAAAGGGAGUUUUUGUUCUGUGCCUCUAAAUGGUUAACAGUCAUUGCUCUCUGGACUAAGACUGUUCCCUUAUUUAUGAAAGGCUUUAUGAAAGGCUUUUCUUCUACCCUGGACUGGAUUUCAUAUUCACUUCCCUUCCUGAGAAAAAGAAAACAGAGCCCUGAAUGCAUAUUAGUGCCGUGGAGCUGUGCUUUUUUUUUUCUUUUUCUUUUUCUUUUUUUCAGCUGAAACAGACGCCGGCGGUGACUAUCAACAGAGCUGAGACUGAGAAUGUAAACCUGGAGGAUGCAGGACCUCAUCUCCUGCUCCUGAUGACCAUAUAAAGCUAGACUCGUCUCCACUGAUCACAAGCACUUGCCAAAAAUGCAUUCACUCACGCACGCACAUGAUCACUUCAUACGCAGUCACACACUGUCCCUAAAGUGGUCACACACACACACACACACACUUUGACUGUCCGAGCUGUUGUGGGGGGUGUUUCGUCCACACAGGAAACAUUAACCUCUUCCUGCAUUAGCCGGUCAGUCUGUGACUCUGUCAGGCCUGCUGUUUGUCAUCAGUGUCAGAGCGGCUGAGGUUACAGGAAGGGGUCAGGCUGUCAGUCACAAGGAUAUAUUUUAAAAGAGCACCUAUGAUGCUAAGGGUGAUGUUUAGGGUGGCUUUAUAGUCAUCGAGGAUUCUUUUAAUCAUCCUGCCAGUGCUCGUCUGGCCCUCGCACUGCCAGUCAGCCACACAGCAGACUGCAGGAGAUUGGGGAGAGGUCCCUACCCCCACACCACAUUAUAAACUCCUACCUAACAAGAACAAUCUGUGUGCAGGCUGCAGAGCCCAGACACUCUUGAGGGAAACUGAAGGGGGAGGUGAACUGUGGAGAAGGCAGAAGGAGGGAUUUGUCCUCAUGGUUAACGACAUCUUUUUUUUCUUUUUUUUUUUUUGCACCAUCCAGACAAACCUUCAGCCUGAAAUCUGAAACGGCAGAAGUGGCGUGGCUCACAGAGCGUUCGCCACUCUCUGCUGUGCUCGCUCUCUCUCCCUCUCUCUUCACUUUUUCCAGGCCGGUCGCACUCAUCCUCCAUCAGAGGGGAUUCCAGCGCAGACCUUUCUCCUGCCACUGUGGAUGAUCCUGAGGGGAAACGAUGCUCCCGACGGCCCUUCAUCUGAUUGGUCUGUGCGUUGUGUUUUGCAUCAGCCGCCCGGCUACACCUCUACCUUUGAACAGUUCCAGUCCUCUAGAGGGAAGCGCAGAUGGGGAAGACAACAUCUUCAACCUCACUCCCAUUCUGACCAGCAUCAACUUUUCCCCAGGACACCAAACCACACCUGUCAGCCCCACAGAGGUGGAAACUGACUUUCUGAGUCGGGUCGUGAACUUUCUGGAGGAGAACAUGCUCCUUAUACUGGUGGCCGGCUCUUUCAUUCUUCUUGUCCUGCUGAUCAUCUGUGGAGCAAUUUUCAUGAGCCGCAGGCGCAAAGUCAAUGCCUACUACCCUUCAUCAUUCCCCUCCAAAAUGUAUGUGGACCGCAGGGACAAAACAGGAGGUGCUAAACCUUUUAAUGAAGUGCCAGAAAAACCUGCACCUGAGCAGCAAAAUGAGGCAGUGGACUCUCACAAGCAGCUCCAGGCUGACAUCAUGAGGGCUGCCAAGAGCCUGCGCACACCAAACAAAUCUGCAGAGGGAGGCAGCACCGGUCAGAAAGUAGCAGAACAAAGUCCUGAGGACAGCUCCAAACCAGAUGGCAGCAUCCUUGACCAGCAGCUACCAAGUCUCCCCGAGGAAAAGGAGCUGAGUGAGAGUCCUGACAGUGAGGCACCAGCAGAGGGAGGCGGCCCUGAGCUGAACCCUCCAGAGCAGCCUCAUCCAGAGGAAGAUGAGUCACCGUCUGAGCCUCAGACCGGCAAGAGUCUCCGGCCCUCCUCGCUGCACAUUCACAAUGACUCUGCCACUCUUCACCUGAUUGCAGGAGAGAAAACAGCUUUCUAACCAUUCUGAACACUGUGACCUGAAUCGAUCAUUCAGGAAUCCAGGAGUGGCCAGUCAUUGAACCCUUUUCAAAGAAUGUCUCCAUGGGAAAUACAGAAAAGACGUGUUUUGCAAUAUAUUGUUUGUAUUUACUGCAGGGAAAACACAUGCAGCAGCCCGUUGCUUUGCUCUGACUGGAUAUAUAAUGUAAGCAUGUCUAACAUCAUUAGCAUAUGGUACAAAACACGUUUCUUUCCAUGGGCCGAUUUGUGUGUUGUUUAAGGACAGCUUGCCUAGUGUUUGUCUGAUACUAAAGGAAUCAGACACACGUGAUCAACUUCUAUCCCUCGUCCUGGAUGUGUGUGUACAUGUGAGUGUAUGUUUAAGGGUUGUGGGUAUUGAUUUAUAUGUUGUUUUCCAAAUACAUCAAUAAGAAAGAAUAGUAAUUAUAAAAUACAA